AUGUCGACGUGGGGUGAACAUUUCCGAGUCACCACCUAUGGCGAGUCUCACUGCCGCUCUGUCGGCUGCAUUGUCGACGGUUGUCCGCCCGGCAUGCAACUCACCGAGGACGACAUCCAGCCGCAGAUGACUCGCCGCCGUCCCGGCCAGAGCGCCCUCACGACCCCGCGAAACGAGAAAGACCGAGUAGAGAUCCAAUCGGGCACAGAGUUUGGAGUCACCCUGGGUACACCAAUUGGCAUGAUGGUCCGCAAUGAGGAUCAGCGCCCCAAGGACUAUGGUGGCAGCACAAUGGAUCUGUACCCCCGCCCCAGCCAUGCCGACUUCACCUACCUCGAGAAAUACGGCGUCAAGGCCAGCAGUGGCGGUGGCCGCAGCAGCGCCCGCGAGACCGUUGGUCGUGUCGCCGCCGGCGCCAUUGCCGAGAAGUAUCUUAAGCUCUCGCACAACGUCGAGAUCGUCGCCUUCGUCUCCUCCGUCGGCAACGAGCACCUCUUCCCCCCAACACCCGAACACCCCACACCCUCCACAAACCCGGAGUACCUCAAGCUCUUGGAGACCAUCGACCGCCAGACGGUGGACAACUUCGCGCCCAUUCGCUGCCCCGAGACAGAGGCGUCCGCCCGCAUGACCAAGAUAGUCGAGCAGUUCCGCGACGCACAGGACAGCAUCGGUGGCACCGUGACCUGCGUGAUCCGCAACGUGCCCGUGGGUCUGGGUGAGCCGUGCUUCGACAAGCUGGAGGCGAAGCUGGCGCACGCGAUGCUGAGCAUCCCCGCGACCAAGGGUUUCGAGAUCGGCUCUGGCUUCGGCGGCUGCGAGGUGCCCGGCUCCAUCCACAACGACGCGUUCGUCGUCUCCGCCGACCAGCGCCUCACCACCAAGACCAACAACUCUGGCGGCAUCCAGGGUGGCAUCUCCAACGGCGCCUCCAUCUACUUCCGCGUCGCCUUCAAGCCGCCUGCGACUAUCGGCCAGGCCCAGACCACGGCCACCUACGCCAUGGAGGAGGGUAUCCUCGAGGCAAAGGGCCGCCACGACCCUUGCGUCGUGCCCCGUGCUGUGCCCAUCGUUGAGGCCAUGUCUUCGCUAGUGAUCAUGGAUGCCCUGAUGGCACAGUAUGCGCGCGAGAGCGCAAAGAACCUACUCCCCCCUCUGCCGGCUACUCUGCCCACGAAGCCGGCGACCGCGCCCAACGGUGCGUAA